GGUUCACCCUCUCUCUCUCUCUUUCUUAACCCUCUUAUCUCUCUAUCCUAUGAAUACACAGUUUGCAUAAGCAUACUCAGAGAAAGAAAAAAAUCCCAAGAACUCAAAACCAUGACUUCCCACAGAAGUAACCUCUCUAAUCAUUUCAUCUUCCAUCUUCUUCUCCUUCUUCUCCCCACCUUACUCCAAGCUCUUAACACCGAUGGUGUCAUUCUGCUCUCUUUCAAAUACACUAUCACCGGUGACCCUCUCUCUGUUCUACGAAACUGGAACUACGACGAUGAAACACCAUGCUCCUGGACAGGUGUUACCUGCACAGAGCUUGGGAAUCCAAACACUCCAGAUAUGUUUAGAGUCACAAGCUUGGUCCUCCCCAACAAACAGCUCCUUGGUUCUGUUUCCCCAACCUUGUUUUCAAUCCCAAAUCUAAGAAUCUUGGAUCUCUCCAACAACUUCUUCCAUGGUUCACUCCCGGAUUCAGUCUCCAACGCUACUCAGCUUCGUGUCCUGUCCCUUGGUAACAACAACGUUUCCGGUCAAUUACCUGAUAGUAUCACCAACGUGGCGACUCUCCAGCUCUUGAACCUCUCAGCCAACGCAUUCACAGGUAAAAUCCCUCAAGAUCUCUCACAACUCAAGAACCUGACGGUUCUUGAUCUCUCCUCAAAUCUUCUAGACGGAUCUCUCCCUCCUGAUUUCGAAGGAACAAGUCUCCAUUACCUCAACUUAUCACACAACCAAAUAUCCGGCGACAUUUCUCCGACAUUCGCUCAGAAAGUUCCAGCAAGCAUCGUUCUCGAUCUCUCCUUCAAUAAUCUCAUCGGACCAAUCCCAAGUACCCCACCUAUGCUUAACCAGAAGACAGAGUCUUUUUUAGGUAAUCUAGGCUUGUGUGGUCAGCCACUAAAGACCCCUUGUUCAAUCCCUUCCACACUUUCAGACCCACAAAACACUACUUCACCAGCAAUAGCAGUCAUGCCGAGAUCUUCUUCUUCACCAUCUCCAACAAACCCUUCACCAGAAUCACCAAACCAAGCAGCUACAAAAAGCAAACUAAAGCCAACAACAAUCGUGGGAAUCACCGUUGCAGAUAUAGCUGGUCUAGCUAUCAUAGCUAUGUUCAUACUCUACGUAUACCAGCUCAAGAAACGCAGAAGCUACCAAGAGUACAGCACUUUCAAAGUCUUGAAAGACUGCUUAGAGAAAAACGAUACCUUAUCCGUCAAGAAACAGAGCGUAUUCGCCGUGGAGGUCACGAAAUCUCCAGCUGCUAAACCGAGAUGGGGAUCCUCGUGCAUAACCGGAAGGUACGACGAGACAUCGUACGCUUCCUCGGAGAGUGACAUUGAGAACCAGCUAGUGAAACACAACGCUGAAACUCAACUAGUGACUGUCGACGGAGAGACAAAGCUGGAGCUCGAAACUCUACUAAAGGCGUCGGCCUACGUGUUGGGUACUAGCAGAGGGGGGAUUGUGUAUAAAGCGGUGCUGGAGAACGGCGUGGCUUUUGCGGUGCGGCGGAUAGGAGCGGAGAGUUGUACGGCUGUGAAGUUUAAGGAGUUUGAGAGAGAGGUUCAGGGUAUGGGUAAGCUUAGGCACCCGAAUCUCGUUAGGGUUAGGGGCUUCGUAUGGGGGAACGAAGAGAAGCUUCUCAUCUCCGACUAUGUCCCGAAUGGAAGCUUGCAUUGCUCCUCCAUCUACGCAAAAUCAGGUUCGUCUUCUACAUCCCCCCAAAACCCUCUCUCCUUUAAGGCACGGCUCAAGAUAGCAAGAGGCAUAGCUCGAGGAAUUGCCUACAUCCAUGACAAGAAGCAAGUGCAUGGCAACAUCAAGCCCAAUAACAUUCUCUUUGACUCUGAGUUUGAGCCAAUGAUUGCUGAUACGGGCCUUGACCGCUUAAUAACUCCAGCCCAUUCACUCGUUACUGUCCCAACAUCGAGCUCACAGCACCAUCCACCAGAAUGGUCUGCUAGCGAGAAACCAAACCCCAAACGGGACGUUUAUUCUUUUGGUGUUGUCUUUCUGGAGCUUCUCAUGGGUCGAGUUUUCUUGGUCGAUCGAGAUUUCGCUCGAGAUUCUGAAGUCGAUGAGAAAACUUGGUUCUUGAGGUUGGUCGAUGGGACUAUCAGCAGUGACGUGACUCACCACGAGGAUGAAGUGGUUGCAUGCUUUAGGCUAAGCUAUAGUUGUGUCUCUUCCUUGCCUCAGAAACGACCGUCCAUGAAGGAAAUUCUUCAAGUGCUAGAGAAAAUAUCUGUUUAGUAGUGUACUUAUUCGAUUUAGAAAAUAUCAUUUUGGUUCAUCUUUAAAUUUGUUUAUCAUAUUUCUGCUCUCUAAAACAAUUAUAUCUUUGAUUAAGUACCCUUGCUUUGUUGAUUAACCUUUUAAUUUUAAAAGAUAUUUGCUUUUAAG